GAAAGAGGGUGGUUUAGAUACAGACUGCUCACCAACACAGCAUGUUUUUGUUGUGGGAAAACCUCUGGGGCACCGUCGAAUCUGGAAAGUCUAAUCCUAAAGAAAAGGAGACUCUGAGCUUGAGGCCUAAUGAGAUGGAAGGCAAAAAUUCUAAUUCUGCUCAAAACUCUAGCUUCCCAAGAGAAAACACUUUAAAUCCUGAUUCUGCCAAAAACCUCAAAAAUAGAGAAAAUAGGGCUAUAAGCGCUAGUUUUGCUGGAGGCUCGGAAUUUAGAGAAAACUCUGCUAUAAAUGCUGUAAACCUUGAUUCUGAGGUGAACCUUAACUUUGAGGCUCGGAAUUUAGAAGAAGUGCAGGUGCAAGUGAAGGACAAAGCGAUAGGAACUUCGCAGCCAGCCAUUGAUGAUGCGAAGCUGAGCCCAGACGGAGGUAGCAAGGUCCGCAGGUCGAAGCGCUCUGAGGGCAGGCCACCUAGUAAAUCACCGAUUUAUGUGAGGAGAUGGUCCAACGAUCAGGAGAUAUGCCUGAUGAAUGCCAUUUUGGACACGCGCACGCCACAUGGAAAGGUUAACAGGGCAGCAUUUUACCAACGGGUGAGGGAGCAGCUUGAGCUUGAGGUGAGUAAUUCUAAGCUAUAUGAGAAGAUGAAGAACAUGAAGAAAAAAUUCCGGUCUAUGGUUAAGAAAAGGAAAGAGGGCAAGUUAGUGAUACAGACUGCCCACCAACACACCAUGUUUUUGUUGUGGGAAAAUCUCUGGGGCACCAUCGAAUCUGAAGGCCUUAAUCCUAAAGAAAAGGGGACCGAGAGCUCGAGGCCUAAUGAGAUGGAGGCCAGAGGUUCUAAUUCCGCUGAAAACUCUAGCUCCCCAAGAGAAGACACUUUAAAUCCUGAUUCUGCCAAAAACCUCAAAAAUAGAGAAAAUAGGGCUAUAAAGGCUAAUUUUGCUGAAGGCUCUGAAUUUACGAAAAAUUCUGCUAUAAAUGAUGUAAACCUUAACUUUGUUGCAAAACCUAAGCAUAUGGAAAAUAAAGCUAAACAGUCUCUGCAAGAAGAAACCCAUGGGGAGAAUACAAAACCUAAUUUUACUACAAGCCCUAAGCAUAUGGAAAAUAAGGCUAAAAGAUCUCUGCGAGAAGAAACCCAAGGGGAGAAUACCCAUUUACUUGAGGAGUCUAUACAUCAGGAAACAAACAUGGAAAAUGCAAGAGUAAAUGGUCCUUUUGUUGAGAAGUGUCCACAUCAAGAAAUCCAUGUGGGAAAUGCAAAAGAAAUUGGCCAUGCUGUUGAUGGUUCUGGACUUCCACAGAUUCAAUUCAGGGGUUUGGAGUCAAGAAUUGAAUCAUCGAUUGAGAACUCGAUCAAGGGUAUUGAGACAAGAAUUGAAGCAAACAUUCAGAACUCAAUCAAGGGUAUUGAGACAAGACUUGAGGCAGCCAUUCAGAACUCGGUUACACGUGUUGUUAUUGCUACUGUUACUGCUGCUGCUGCUGCUGUUACUGCUACUGCUACUGCUACUGCUGCUGCUGCUGCCGUGUUUUAUAUCUGCAUAUAUUUGAUGAGAAUGGGAACAAGUUAGUAUAUUUAAUUAAAUAAUUGUGCAUGUUCUUGAAUGAACGGUAGACAUGAUGUAUACUUCUAGAAAUACCUAAUGGUGUAUGCAUUUUUGCAUUAAAACCCUUUAGUUUAAUCUGUAUUCUGUUAUUAAUAAUUUUACUUCAAGUCAUGACAUAAUCACCGA